AUGUCGAGAGACUCGCCUGCAUCGACUAUUACCUCUGCUGCUGUUGAGGAGGGGAACAAUGAAAUUGAAGGUCUCAUUACACAACUGACACCAAGACAAGAAGAAAGACUUCGUACGUAUCUGGAUGAUAAAUUGUCUAUUUUGGAAAGUGAUGAGAAGACCAAUAAUCUCGGUUCUAUACCUUCACUCGUCAAGAGAUUGUCAAUCCUACUUCAAAUAAUCCUUCAAAUUCCUCCGAAGCCUCCUUUUUCUUCGUUGAGGAUAUCAUAUCUCUUGACUCUGACAGCUGUCAUUCCGUUAUAUAUCACAUCUUUAACUCUUCUUUCAUCGGGUCACAGGACGAAAUCGGAUGCUGAGCGAGAAGCUGAAGGGUCAAUAAGGGAAGUAUUGGAUAUAUUGAGAGAAGUGGAGAAUGGUUGGAAGGCAGUCUUGAAUGGGCAAGCGUGGUUACCGCCUCGUUCUUCAGGUGGGAGAAAAUUAGGUGGAAGGGGUGUAAAGGUAGACUUCGGUGGUCAAGUAGAUACUACCGAACGUAUUCGCCUGAAAUCGAUAAUCAUUUCAAGUCGUUCUAGACUCAUUGCAUGGUCCAGGACAUAUGGCAACUUCGAAGGAUCAUCAAUCCGUGUAGAGCAGAAUGAAGCCUCGAUUGCAAACGAGUUUGUAGCUACUAAAGCGCUUGAAGGAGUCCGUAAAGGUGGUUGGGAAGAAGAAAUGACAUUGAUGUGGAACGAUCUAUUGGAUAUACUAUCUCGUGAUCUUGCUUGA